AAACCCUAAUUCCAAAACCCUACUCCCUCGCUCAUAUUCACAACUGAAGCUCAACAACAUGAGGCCUCCCAGGGGAUGCGGUGGUGGAGGCUUUAGGGGUGGCCGAGACGGCGGCGGACGUGGCUUUCGAGGAGGAGGUGGAGGCCGUUUCGGCGGCGGCGGCGGCCGUUUUGGUCCUCGCGACGAAGGCCCUCCUGCUGAAGUCAUUGAGGUUUCGACUUUUGUUAAUGCUUGUGAGGGCGAUGCGGUGACGAAGCUGUCUCAGGAGAAAAUACCCUACUUCAAUGCUCCAAUUUACCUUGAGAACAAGACACAGAUUGGCAAAGUAGAUGAAAUCUUCGGUCCCAUUAAUGAGUCUUUCUUUUCGAUUAAGAUGAUGGAGGGCAUUGUUGCGACGUCGUAUUCUGCCGGAGAUAAAUUCUUCAUUGAUCCAGCUAAGCUCUUGCCACUCGCCAGAUUUCUUCCCCAGCCUAAGGGACAAGGGCAAUCUGCUAGAGGUGGACGUGGGGGUGGAAGAGGUGGUGGAAGAGGUGGUGGAAGAGGUGGAAGAGGUGGUGGAGGAGGCUUCCGUGGAAGGGGUGCUCCCAGAGGUGGUGGAUUUAGGGGCGGUAGUCGCGGCGGCGGUAGUUUCAGGGGCAGAGGAAGAUAUUAGAAGAUGUCAUGGCUCUGUCAACAAGCAUGCCAUGGCUUAUUGUUUGGUUAUGGGGUGUAAUCUUUGUGGAAAGGAAUAGGGUGGUUUCAUUAAUACUAUCUGGUUUUGUACUCUAAAUGAAUCUCUACUUUAUAUUACAACUUGACUUUGUUUCCCUCUUCCAA